AUCGAGCAUUGCUGAGGUGCUGUUUGAACAUUAAAGAGGAACUGACAGAAUUUGCUGCCAUUGGACAUGGAUGACUUUGUUUGUGAUAUAUUAGAAGAAUGGGGUCUCAGCAAAUACAUUGAGACAUUUAAAGAUCAUGAGGUUGACAAGGAAAGUCUUUACUGUCUUACUAAUGAGUUGAUUGGUGAACUGAUCCCAAAGGUGGGACCAAAGGGAAAAUUCAUCAAGAAAUUUGAACUGUUAAAGAAACAACAAGACUCAGCAACAAACCAGGAGGCAGUUCCAUCAGGACGAGAGUAUGAAGAAACAGAAGAAUCUGCUCAGGGUUUUUCAUCCACCAGUGGUGCAAAUGAUACAGGAAAGCGAAAGGGCAAACAACUCUCACAAGCAAGUAAACGCAGAUGUACACCAGAUUCAGAAGAGAGCAAACUCUCUGAUGUAAAAAAAAUAAUGACUAACGUCGAAAUGAGACUUCCAGACAACACAAAGAUCAGUGAUUUCCUGAUCCGUGAAAUCCGCGAUUUGACAACGGAAAAGAGGGAACUGGUUGGUGUCUUUGGUAAAACAGGGGCUGGAAAGAGCACUUUGAUCAAUGCCAUCAUUGGAGAGAAGGAUCUUCUACCGACUGGAAGCGGCACUGCAUGCACCACAGUCAUGAUUAAAGUGGAGGCCAGUGACUCGCCAAAGUAUGAAGCAUACAUUGAGUUCAUUACACCACAGGAGUGGAAAGACGAAUUGUGGUCCUUUGAAAAAUGUCAGGAUGAUGAUGAUGAUGACGAUGACGAUGAUGAUGAUGAUGAUAAUGAUGAUGAUGAUGAUGAAGACAUGGAAGAAAAGCUUACAGCCUUGUAUGGACAAGAUUGGAAAGGCAAAAUAACCCAUGAAAACUGCAAUGAGAAAAAGCAUUUCAAAGAAAUUCCACAUUUUCUAAAGUCAGAUACGAUGUGUUUGACAUGUGACUCAGCUGAGGAGCUAUCUGCAGAAAUGGCCAAAUAUACAAGAAAUAGUAGUAGAGCAGUGAAGAAGCAAUACUGGCCAUUAGUGAAGUGUGUGACUCUCAAGUUACCUAAUAGAAAUGACUUUCUCCAACAUGUCACGAUUGUGGACUUACCAGGAAAUGGGGACCGCAAUAAGAGCAGAGACAAAAUGUGGAAAGAGCUUGUUGGAAAAUGUUCCACCGUGUGGAUUGUGAGUGAGGCCAAUCGCUCAGCGGCAGAUAAAAAAGCCUGGGAAAUCCUGGAUAAUUCCUGUUGCCUCAUGGGAAAUGGUGGCGAGUGUCAGCAAAUUCACUUCAUCUGCACAAAGUGUGAUGACCCUGGUAACCUAGAUAGGGUAACAGGAACAGCACGUGAAAAGUUGCUUAAAAAAAACCAAGAAACCAAGAAACUAAUGGACAGUAACAUAUUGAAGCACUUUGAAAAGGGAGAAAAGGUUAAGAAACACUUCAAUAACGACUGUUUCAAAGUGUUCACAGUGUGCGCCAGAACUUUUCUGAACGAAACAUACAAAAAGGUAGAAGACACAGAUAUUCCAGCUCUUCAGGAGUUUCUGAAAAAUCUUGAUGACCGUCACUCAGAGACACUAAACUAUGUGUCAAGAGCACAUGGCAUUCUCUCUCUGAUCCAAGGGGCAAGAAACAGGAAAUCGAACAUGGACGUGUACAAAGACCUUGAAGAAACAAUAAAUUCUGAACUUGAUAGAGUCAGCAAACCGAUGGAAGAGGCUUAUGCAGCGUUUGAAACUGGCCUUGAGGAGGGUGUGAAGAAGUCAUGCAGCUCAUGGAGAAAAUCUGUGAAGAAAGCAAUAUGCCGUAAACCAGGUAAGGGUAGAGGUUUUCACAAGACAAUGAAGUGUGUCGUCAACAACAGUGGUGCCUUUACAUCAAAGAAAAAGGUCACAACAAACUUAAACGUGAUAUUAAGUUCUUGGUUGACUGGCAGCAUUGAUGAGAAAUUCAAGGAGACCUUCCCAAAUGAAAGGAAAAGUGGACCAUUCAAGAAUGCCCUUAACGUGUUUACACUGGGCACAGAGAAGCUGAUUCAAAAGUACAAAGAUGAUGAACUGCAGCUUAUCUUUCUCAAGACAGAGGAAGAAAAAGUCAAGCAUAAACUCAACAAAACCAUCCGGUAUCACAAGAAGACAAUCUACAACAUUCUGACAAACAAAAUAGAGGAAAACAUGCAAACAUGUUAUGAUGCUGCAAAGGAGGAAGAAGGAACCGGUUCAAUGAAAAGAAUGCAGGACAUUAUCCUGGACCAUAUCAAGGAUAAUGAAGACACCAUGUUUGAGGAGGCUAAAAGUGAAAUGUUGGAACAACUGGUUCACUUGAAGAACGACAUCCUGAAGGAACUGGAGAAAACCUUGAGGGAAUCAAUAGAGCUGGCACUCAAGACAGAUUCAGACCCAUUGCCAGAUGUUUCAUCAGAGCUUGACUCUGUGAAGAAGUUCCUCAGUGAACUAAAAGGCAGCCCAAGUGAAUAAACUGAGCAAUCUAAAAUGAUGCUAAAGGUUCUACUGGUUGGCAUCAGUCGACUUCUUGAAACUUUGAAAGGUGAAAUAUGGCUCAAGGAUUAAUCCAUUAACUUUUGGAGAGGAUCUGAUUAUGGGGGUGGAUACAUACUUAUUUUUACUUUUAUCCUUGUGAGUUGUUGUUUUUUUCCAGCAUCUUCAUUUACUAAAUGACUUUUGUUAAGUUUGUGCAGAAUGAUUUUUAUAUUUGUGUGGAUGGACAUUCUUGCCAUGGUCUGAUAUAGAGGCAGGGGGCAGAAAGAUUCUGUCUCAUUCAAUCCAAGUACAUGUGGCUGAUUAGUCUUUGCCACUGGGCCACUAUUAUGCCCUCAAAAUGCUUUGUCUUUUUAAGGAUUCUUAAUGAUUUAAUGAUUUAUAUAAUACAUUUAGAUAAGGUGAUUGAUAUAUGAGUGCCCUUGUAUAUGUUAUGGAUGAACUUGAAUACAAGCUUUAGGCUGGACUUUAUCAGACUGUUCAAGUAAAGUAAAGUAACAGUUUCUCACUUUAAGCAAUGUGCAGAAUUAAGUGGAUGCAGAAUGAUUUUCUAUUGUUUUUUGGGGAUAGACAUUCUUACCAUGUACUGAUCUAGAGGCAGGAGGCCAGGAUUUUAUUUCUGUAACUUUUAAGGUGAUUUGAGUUACCCUGUGUAAUUAAUUGAUGAAUUACGAGCUUUAGGCUGGAUUUGAUAAACUGGAUUCUUAAAUAACACUAGUUUCUUACUGCUAACACUGUUUGUGUAUCAGAAAUAUCAUCACAGGUGCGUUUGCAUCGAGCUGCCAGCAGCAAUUAACCUGUGCAUACAGUACUUGUGCUAACUGCUCUCUUCAGCCUGACACUGUAGAGAAUGUGCAGCAUACUGUGUGUCCUCAUAGUUUCUGUCAGGCCAAGCAUGUGAUCAUGUCAAACAAUUAUUCUGGCUUUCAUUUUCUCUUGGUCAACCCUAAAUAUUUUUGAUUAUGUAGUUGUUUAUGUGCUCUGAAUAAAGACAUAAAAUGAAUUGAUUUGUUUGUUGAUUAGGGAGGUCAGAGAAUAAUGAACAAACCAUUAAGGAAACAUGCAGCUGUCACAGCCACAAACCUUGAUUUGGUCAUGUUGUAGGAGGUACAUGAUGGGCCCAUGGAUCGUCCACACUUGAGCAUUAAAGCAUUAAAGUCUAGGUCUAUAGCAGCAUAACUAAGAGAUGGUUCAGGUCCAGUAAAGUUUUAAGUCUAACUUUAAAUACAGAGAGCGUGUCCACCUCCCGAACAGACCAGACAGCCAUACCUAUAUAUGUAUCAUUAUAUGUAUAUUUUAUCAAAUGGAGGGGAAACAGUUUAUAUACAAACAAAUCAAUAUGUAGGCCAUAGGCUACACUUUAUUCUAAAUAUUAGUAUUGACCCUUAAACAGGCUAUUGAUAUCUAAAAAAAUGGUCCAGUGUACAGUAUCACCUCCAUUAGUUCAGUUCUACUAUAUGAAAUAAUAUAAGGUCUUGUAAGGUUACUGCUUGUGUUACUGCGUGCCUCUGGGAAAUAAUAGAGGUCAGCAAGUGUCUUCUGUCUUGUCUGUAAGUUUCACUUAACAAUUAAUUGCAAUUUUUAAUAAGCCUCUUUGUUUUGCAUGUGUACAAAGUGUGCACAUCACAGAUACGCCUGUCAUUGUGUGCUGCACCUGUACUUCUUGUAUCUGUCACACACCAAGGCCCAGGACAAGCAUGUGAUGUGUCAUACGAUUCUCCUGGCUUUCAUUUUCUCUUUCGCCUAAAUAUUUUCUCACGGAAAGAUGUCUUGUAUUAGUUAAGGUCAGUGACCUUUCAUAGAUGACAAGCAUUUCCUCCUGUAGUCACCAAAGCAUCACAUUCAAAAGGUACACUUUGUCUUGGCAACAUUUAAUACACCAUUAUACAGCUGGCAGUUUAUAGCAAAGUAUAUCACAUUGAAAAUGAGUUGUGAAGUAGUAAGUGUAAUAUUAAAAGUCAUCUCAUGUCAUUGCUGACUAAAUAACUAAUUACUUCUAAAGAACAGAAAAAGAAUUGCACUUAAAAACUGAGAACCUCUUCAGUGAAUAAAAGUGUUUACAUGUGA